UUUUACACCUUAUUUCUCUGUCGGACGUUUCUGUCGGAUUUUAGCUGGUAGCAUAACAGCAGCUGUAGAGUCACAUUCCGGUUCACGCAGGAAAUGAGCGUCCGCCUCCAGUGACGCUUGCCCGGCGAUCCCGGAAGUGUCUCGUCCUGUUUACAUUCUGCUCUUUGUUCGCUGCAAAAUGUCGAAAAAGCGGUCCGAGAGCCGCAGGCUGAAGGCCACCAUCGAGCAGCGGAUGGCGGCGGCCGCUCAGGAGAUCUUCCGGCUGCUGCAUGAACGCAGCCGAGCCGAGCUGCCGGAGCUACGGGAGCUGCUGGUGGAACGGCUGUCGGCGGCCAUCGAGCUCAUCCUCAACGCGUUCGAAGCGAGCAGAGCGGCCGAGAGAGGCGCGGAAGAUCCCGGUGGGGAGCACAAAGAGUUGUGUUUGUCAGUUGGCGUCACGAGUCUCUCUGACAAGAAACGUCUGAAGCCAAGCAACUCGAUAGACAACCAACUGAAGGAGACUCUGCCUGGCACAUCCUCCAGACCACAGACCAUCUCUGAACUGGAUCGCCAGCUGGCCUCUCCAGAUGAUCCAACAGGAGACGAAGAACAAUGUGAGAACGACAAGCAGUUGGUGUCUCACCUUUGCAGAGUGUGUGGGAAGUCCUUUGACAGGAAAGGCUUUCUGAUGAAGCAUGUGGAGAAGCACUUGAAAGAGGCCGACUGUCUGUGUGGUCUGUGUGGUGAGCGUUUUGAGUCCAGUGAUGGCCUAAUGCUGCAUCUCCAGAUGCACCGUGACAGCACCAAGACAUGUGAUGUCUGCGGCAAGAAGUUUCCCUCAAUCCGAGCUCAGGAGAUGCACAUGAGGAUGCACACUGGAGAGAAACCUUUUAGCUGCGUUGUCUGUGGGAAAGGCUUCAAUCAGAAGGGCAACAUGGUAACCCACAUGAGAAUCCACACGGCAGAGAAGCCAUUCACCUGCAACAUCUGCCACAAAGAGUUCAGUCAAGGCAGCUCGCUUGAACGACACAUGAAAGCUCACGACGGACAGACACCGCUCAGCUGCAGCUUUUGCGGAAAAGAAUUUGCAAAGAGUGCUGAGCUGAGGCGACAUAUCCGGUGCCAUGGAUCAGAUGAGCAAACGACCAUCAGUAGCCGGCACAGAAAACCCAGCCUGACCCCUUCUCACUGCUGCAAGGUCUGCAGCAAUGCGUUUCACAACAAAGGAAACUUUGUGAGGCAUGCAGAGACACAUCUAAACCACCCUGAUUGUCUCUGUGGCAUCUGUGGAGAGCGUGCAGAGUCCUCUGAGAGUUUGCAGCUGCACAUCCAGAGUCACAGAGAAACAAGCCGGAUCUGCGACAUUUGUGGCAUAAGCUUCAGAGACAUGGAGAUCCACAUGAGGACACACACGGGCCAGAAACCAUUCAGGUGCAAAGACUGUGGGAAGGACUUCCCCAGAAAGGGAUCGCUGGAGAGGCACAUGAAGCUGCAUGCUGGUGAGCGGCCGUUCAUCUGCGAGUUCUGUGGGAAGACUUUCAUAGAAAACACAGUCCUAAAGAGGCACAUCAAGAGCCACAUGGGAGGGAAACCACGAAUAUACUCCUGUGAGGUCUGCGGCAAGAAGUUCACCAUGAGCCAACACCUGGAUGUUCACAAGAGGAUCCACACUGGGGAGAAGCCAUACACCUGUAGGGUGUGCGGGAAGAACUUCAGGCAGAUCGGAAACCUGGACUCUCACAUGAGGAUCCACACGGGUGAGAAGCCAUUUAUCUGUAGCCUCUGUGGGAAGAGGUUUCGCCAGAAAAUCUCACUCGAGACACACGAGAGGUUCCACAAGAAGGAGAAACCCUACAGCUGCCAGCUCUGCAAUAAGGGCUUCGUACAGAAGAUCGACCUGAAGAGACACAUGCUAACUCACACAGGGGAAAAACCCUACAGCUGCCAGGAGUGUGGGAAGAGGUACCAGGAGAAACGCUCAGUGGAGUCACACAUGAAGGUCCACAGGGGAGAGCAGCCUGUCAAAGACUGUCAAAGACAGGAAGUUCAGCCUGACUUCAUCCAGCUGCCGAUUACGUUACAGCGACAUGACGAAGACUGUCCAAGUUUGAAGACUCCGACAAAUGCGGCCGACAAAUGCGCCCUUCGUUUCCCCAGAUUUGAAGGAUGGCAAGGAGACGCCGGCGCACGCUCACAACUCUCCUCUGACUCCGACAGCCUCCGCUUCAGCAGGGGCGCUGUUCGCUCUCUCCGCACCGCGCUCCUCGACGCGGAACUCGCAGCGUGUUUACCUUUCCACUGGCUCUCUUUGUCCCGGAGGCUCCCGGUGGGGAGAAGCCGCAGAAUGUGCGCCGUGCAGCUGCUGCGGGUGUCGGUCCACGAGCGGAUCAGCGCCGCCGCCGAAGACUUCCUGCUGCGGCUGGAGAAGGGAGAAGAAGCAGCCGAGCUCCCGGCGCUGAGAGCGCUGCUGACCGAGCGGCUGACGGCGGCCGCGGAGGAGAUCGUCGCACUGUUGGAGGAGACCGUGGCGGAGUACCAGGACAGAGUGGAGCGCUCAGAGCGGGAGAUCUGCCGCCAGAGGAGGCUGCUCGAUGCCGUGCUCAAGCCCGAAGUCCGGCUGCGCGCGGCAGUGUUUCCUUCAGAUGUUCAGCAGCCGUUGGGGAGCAAAGAUGAAGUUUCCCGUGAACACCAGGAGAAGAGCUCCAGCCUGGACCCGGGGGAAGACCCAGUGCCCCCACAGAUUAAAGAGGAAGAGGAAGAAGCCUGGGCCAGUCAGACAGGAGAACAGCUUCAGGACCUGCAGGUAGCUGAAAUCACCACGUUCACAUUCAGCCCUGUGCACGUGAAGAGUGAAGAUGAUGAGGAGAAGCCUGAGUCCUCACAACUUCAUCACUGCUGGACUGAGGAGAGCAGAGGCUCGGAGGGAGGACCAGAAGCAGACAGGAACUCAGAUCCAGAUCCACUGUUACAGCCUGUUAGUGAAGACAACUCUCUGGACUCGACUGAAACUGAUGACAGUGACUGUGACUGGACACAAACAAAGGAAGCCCAGUCAGGUAGAGAUGUUAAAAAUCCUGACAUUGAUGUUGGCACUGUAGUCAAGGAGAGACCAUUUCCCUGCUCAUAUUGUGGGAAAAGAUUUAGCCUUAAGGGAAAUUUGAACAGACACAUAAGAGACCACACAGGAGAGAGACCAUUUCCCUGCACAGACUGUGAUAAGUCAUUUAAAGACAGUGGCUCCUUAACGGCACACAUGCGAUGUCACACUGGGGAGCAACCAUACAGCUGCUUGUUCUGUGGGAAAAAUUUCAGUGGGAGGGGAAACAUGACCAGACACAUGAGGAUCCACACAGGAGAGAAACCGUUCACCUGCUCAGUGUGCAAUAAAAGUUUUCAUGUUAAAGAACAUCUCAACAGACACAUGAAGUACCAUACAGGGGAGAAACCUUUCAGCUGCUCUGUCUGUGGGAAAGGCUGUGCUCAGAAAACAGACCUAAAGAAGCACAUGAGAGUUCACACAGGAGAGAAACCCUUCAGCUGUCCUUACUGUGGAAAGUGCUGCGCAGAAAAAGGAGACCUAACCAAACACAUGAGAGUCCACACAGGAGAGAAACCAUUCAGCUGUAAUAUUUGUGGGAAAAGCUGUGCCCAAAAGGGGAGCCUGAAGAUCCACAUGAGGAUUCACACAGGAGAAAAACCAUUCAGCUGCUCUGUUUGUGAGAAACGUUUCACUGUUACGGGACAUCUAAAGAGACACAUGAAGCUGCACACAGCAGAGAGUCAUCCGCCUGGGUCUGCAGAGUCACAUUCAGGCAAAAGUAGAAAAUGAUGAGUCAGCAAACACAUUGUGACGCACAAUGGCCUUCUCAGACUGAUCAGCUGUUGCUGGAGAUGGAACUGAUAAAACAUACAAUCAUUUACAAUGAAGAGGAUACAAUGAGCAAGAAUGUUUCUUUGUUCUACAACCAAAUCAAAACAGGCUUAUAAAAAGUGGCGAGUUUUGAUAGGAGCGUAACAGUUUGUCUUUUUACCAGGAGCUGUGAAUGCAUCUCCUACAAAGCUUGAUGUCCUAUUUAUUAAAAAGUGCAGGUGGAAAUAUGUUUCACAUGAAUCUGACAGGUGUGAACAAAAAAGUACAUCCUCAUAUCCACUUUUUUCCAGAUGCAGUGCUCCUUUUAAUAAACCACCAGGAAGGACAUUUAUGUGGAUCAUAUAAAUGUAUUCACCGGCAAACUCUCACAUUCAGCUUUAAAUGUUCAAGAAAAAUGUCUGCAUGCACAAGUGUUACUGCAGGACUUGUAGUGUGUGCAACAAUCAGAUUUAUUAUUGUCGGGUCAAAGCGCCUUUGGUUGACUGUUGUUGUGAACUUGCGAUUAUUUAAUUAAAAUUAAACUCAACAAAUCUGCUGCUGUCAAAAUGAAUGUUGCGAUAUUGUUUGAAAUU